AUGUUCUAUAGAACCUCUGAUGAUCCUUUGACUAUGGAAUUGAAAUUACACAGACAAUAUUGUGGAAUUAGAUAUCUUUUUGUACCUACACCUGAUAAUUGCGGAGCUCCUAAUGUAAAAUGGGAAUUUAUAAUUCCAGUUCCCACAUGGCACAAAGGUGCAAAUUAUGCUUUAUGGACAGGCAAUAUAGAAUUAACUUUUUCUCUGCAAAAAAUGGGAUCUGACAAUUCUCAAACAGUUUUUUGGGGAUCUAACUAUGCAUAUAUUGAUUACGACAAAACUGCAGAUGGGAAACAAAAUCCAAAAAGAGUUUGUGCAUUUUACUCACCUACAUUUCUCGCAAGUUGGUUUACAGAUGGUGAGAAAAUUGGUUGUAUAGAUAUUCCAUUAAAUCCUGCUCCAAAUAUCUAUAAUAAAAUAAUUGUUCCUAAAGAGUCAGUAAAAGUUUCCAAUGUAACACCAAAUGGUAGUACUUUUAUAAAACCUCAGAUUAAUCUCCAACUUAUAGAUAGCACUGGACAACCUAAAGGUGGUUAUACUACGCUUACUUAUAAUUAUGAAGAUUUUUCAUCAUCAUGCUCUAAAAUAUUGAAUAAUACCUAUUGUCCAUUCAUACCAUCAUAUGAUCCAACAAAAAUAUGCGCAAGAUCAACAGAUAAUAUUUCGGGCAAUAUUGGCUGCAUUGAUAGACCCAGACCAACUGAUUCAGGAAUUAAGUUAAAAGCAAAAUAUCAUUAUUUUAUUGAUAAUAACUGUCAAGAUGACUCUGGAAAUUUAUCUAUAUUUUCCUCAUUAAAAAUUCAACUUUUACCAAAUAAUAUAUCAAAUAAUAAAGAAAUAAAAGAAUUUCCUGAGCAAAAUUCUGGUAUAAGAGAUUAUUAUGCUUGUUAUGUAAUGAUACAACAGAUGUUUAUGGUAUAA